AUGGCCGCUUCCACCCAAAGCGGAUCAUCGGCGACUGAUAAAGGGCAGAACGUGGAGUGCGUCGUCUGCGGAGACAAGUCAUCGGGCAAGCACUACGGCCAGUUCACUUGUGAGGGUUGCAAAUCAUUUUUCAAGAGAUCAGUCAGAAGAAACCUAACGUACUCCUGCAGAGGGAAUAGAAAUUGUCCAAUCGAUCAGCACCACAGAAACCAGUGCCAGUACUGCAGACUGAGAAAAUGUCUCAAAAUGGGCAUGAGGAGAGAAGCUGUACAAAGAGGGCGAGUCCCGCCCACGCAGCCUUCGGGUCUGGCCUUACCAGGCCAGUUUUCCCUUGCGAAUGGCGACCCGGCAGCCGGCUUGAACAGCCAUCCCUAUCUCUCUUCCUACAUAUCACUCCUACUCCGCGCCGAGCCUUAUCCAACCUCGCGAUACGGACAAUGUGUCCAACCCACCAAUGUCAUGGGUAUCGACAAUAUCUGCGAGUUAGCAGCGAGGUUAUUGUUCUCAGCCGUCGAGUGGGCGCGAAACAUCCCCUUUUUCCCCGACCUACAGGUUACCGACCAGGUGGCGUUAUUACGGCUCGUCUGGUCGGAACUGUUCGUCUUAAAUGCAUCCCAGUGCUCAAUGCCCCUUCAUGUUGCUCCAUUACUAGCGGCCGCUGGUCUGCACGCCUCACCCAUGGCGGCGGACCGCGUCGUGGCUUUCAUGGACCACAUACGUAUCUUCCAAGAGCAAGUGGAGAAGCUGAAAGCGCUCCAUGUCGACUCGGCGGAGUACUCCUGUCUGAAAGCGAUCGUCCUCUUCACGACAGACGCCUGCGGCCUGUCAGAUGUUCCACAUAUAGAGAGCUUACAAGAGAAAUCACAAUGCGCGUUAGAAGAAUACUGCAGGAGUCAAUAUCCAAACCAGCCUACGAGGUUUGGAAAGCUACUUCUCAGACUACCUUCCUUGCGGACAGUCAGCUCACAAGUUAUAGAACAGUUGUUCUUUGUACGUCUGGUGGGAAAGACUCCUAUCGAGACCCUGAUUAGAGAUAUGCUGCUAUCCGGGAGCUCUUUUUCGUGGCCGUAUAUGGCGACUAUGUGA